UAGGUACUGGUGCCCCUUCCUUCGCAUUCUCAGCGACUGUGAAACGAAGCGAUGUUACACGAGUAGCUCAGUCUCUGGUCUCGUCGAGGGAUUAACAACCGCUGCAGCAAUGUCACGUAUUAUUUCUCCAGUUUAAUCAAGUGCUACGAUGCUCACCACCUGCAAGCUUCACCGCAACCGUGUCAUUUUUUAAACGCGCGUUUUGCUCCGUCACACAUCGAGUCAACAUGGACACAGCAGACCAAGUCAUGGAGCUGCAGGUCUUUCAGAGCCAGGGUCCAGGUCCUCAUAAAUUGUUGCUGGAAUACCUGAAGAACAGGCACUAUGCAGCUUUUAAAAGCUUAGCAACCAAGAGCUUGAAGAAGAAUCCUCCCAGUAUUGACAUGGAUCACGUUUAUCCGUAUCCUCUGGACAAGACACUGUUGGAUAUUGCGUGUUCUAAUGGUCUGGAUGACUUUGUUGAACUGAUUUUGAACCUGGGUGCAAAUCCGAAUAAAGAGAACGUUGUUCAUCAGCGAUCACCGCUUCAUUUUGCCGCAGAAGCGGGACAUGCUGGUGUCCUUAAGAUACUACUCAGCAAUCCUGCUAUAAAACCAAAUUUAGAAGUAGCUCGACAAACCGCUCUGCAUAUUGCAGUUAACAAGAGAAACGUAGAAUGUGUCGAGGUUUUACUGGAGUGCAAUGCUAGUCCCAAUAUUGCAAACAGCAAGGGAUUGACACCGACUCAUUUGGCGGCGGCAUCACGCCAAGAAGCCGUGAUCGAUCUUAUAUUUUCUAAAUCGAAGUGCCCCCCAGAUAUAGAUAGCUUCAAAGACUUUAGGCGAAGAACAACGCGCCAGAUUCUGGAACAAGAGUUACCUCAUAUCUCACUCCCGCCUGUUAUCGAUAGAAAAAUGGAUGUCACUGAUCUGAAAUACUUCUUGGAUUGUAACGACGAAGAGAGCUAUUUACAGCAUGCGGAAAACGUUGAAUUGACGCACGAAGAAAUGAUAGAUCUUUUAAAAAUAGCAGUUCGGCAAAAUUUACCAGGGGUUGUGAAGAGUCUGGCUAAGAACGAGAUCUUUGGUGACAGAGGAAUCUUAGCUGAAGCGGCGGAAAACGCCGUCGUCAGAGGCCACUACAAAGUUCUCAAGGAACUGUUCGAUGCUGGUGCGGAACGAAGUGGAAAUCUUCUGAUUAAGGGCUGUCAAGAACUCGGAUCUCACGCUGUUCGCGGUUCAGAUCGAAUGGCCUGUCUCAGACUUAUUUUGGCGAAGCCAGUAAACGUUCGAGACGUAGAUGAGAAAGGAAACACUGCGUUGCAUUAUGCAGCCCGUGCAGAAUCUUCGGAGAUAAUAAGCGAGCUAUUGAAAUCUGGGAGUUACAUUGGUCAUCAAAACGAUUUGGGAAUUCCUCCAAUAGCAAAUAUCUCCCCUGAAAGUAUGUCUCGGUAUUUGGAUGAUUGUUUACAAACGACCAAGGAACACACUGAUGAUUACGAGGAUUACGAAAUUGAAUUUAAUUAUCAGUGCCUAGCUCCGCACGGUUUUAUCAGGAAUCAGGACAGCGAACAUUUGCUUGAAAAAGGUCACGUCAAUUACAAAAGAAUCUGUAUGGAAAUGCAGCCAUUUUUAUACAUAGCUAAUAGCAACUCUCAUCGACAUCUUCUAAAGCAUCCGAUACUUUCGUCGUUCCUUUAUCUCAAGUGGCAACGCAUCAGCCCAAUUUUAUACGCCAAUUUUAUAUUCUAUGUAAUUUUUUACCUGAUAUUUAAUGCGUAUAUAUUAUCCAUGACAUUCAGCAGUGGUGAUCCGGAAAAUGAAACGGAAUCUACGUCAUAUAAUGGCAACGAUACUGAAUCAGAUAUUUCGUUAGCAAAGUGGCAACAAAAUGGUACUCUGUGGACCUUUACUGCGAUUGCCUUAAUGAUUCUGAUUCUCCGAGAAUUGCUUCAGCUGGUUUCUUCUCCUUGGAACUAUUUCUUCAGUUCUGAAAAUUGGUUGGAACUUUUGUUAGUUUGUUUGGGAGUAGCUCUGCUCGGCGGACCCGAACCUCGCACCGGGGCAAUAGCGAUUUUACUCUCUGCCUGGGAACUAGUCAUCCUUAUUGGACAGCAUCCUCGAAUGUCGACUGCGAUUGAAAUGUUCAAAACAGUUACACUUAACUUUAUGCAUUUCCUAUUUUUAUACGCUUUCCUUAUUCUUGCGUUUGCAUUCGCUUUUUAUACGCUAUUCAAAGAUCAAAGCGACUUCCUUGAUCCGGGACAUUCUCUUUUCAAAACCAUUAUCAUGUUGACUGGAGAAUUUGACGCCAGCGACAUACCAUUUAUAGCUCAUCCUGUACUAAGUCGCCUUGUGUUUGUACUUUUUGUUUUCCUAAUAGCGAUAGUACUGUUUAAUCUGUUGAACGGUUUGGCCGUUAGUGAUACAGCCGAAAUAUUGGGCAAAGCUGAACUUGUGGGAUUAAUUUCCAGAGUUAAACUUGUCUCCUAUGCAGAAGGUAUUGUCGUUGGUUCACCUGUAUUAAAAAAUCGAUGGUGUUGUCACUACGGGGAAUUUGUUCAACGAAUGAGGAUAAAUCCUCUUCGUUUUAUGUCGAAAAAGAUUUUAUUUUUCCCUGACUUUCUACCAGAAGCUAAAAUCAGAGUUAAGCCACUACGGGGUAACACCGUUAUACCUCAUGGUAAGACAGUGUACAGAAAUACAUGUUCAAAGCUCACACUUGACCGUCAUAUAAUUGAACAGGCAAAAGAGAUUAUUUUGUCAAGAGGACGUAUCUCAGAUUAUGAAAAAAUUAUAAAUGUAUUCAAUCAGAAGUUUGAAAGACUUGAAGCGAUGUUGCAAAGUCUCAAUCUAGCUGUAAAAGAGAAUACUUGCAAUACCAAUGAAACAGAUUAAACAAUAUGUUGAGUUAAACGAAAAUACUUUUCAUGUAGAAUUCAGCGAGAACUAUUAUUUCUGUACUCAUUGCUUUUUUUUUAUCAAAUUGAGAAAAACUGAUUAACUUCUCAUUUUCAAUACUGCUAAAAUCUUUCGAAAUUGGUACUCUUGGUUCGCUGAUCAAAUCUUGUGAAUAUAGUAUUUUUACACUUAUUUUACAAAAGAAAGCGAGUAUGGAAAUAAUGUGCUUAAAAGAAAAAAUGUAGAAUAAGUGAAAACGAAUUCUUAUGAUGGCUUGUUACAUUAUAUUCUCAGUGAAAAAAAACGUGUUCCAUUAUUGAUAAGACAAGGUAAUAUUAUUUAUUUAGGUAUAUUUUCUAAUUGCUUACUAUUUAAAUGGAAUAUUUAGCUUUGUGCUAGUGUUGUUAAUCUACAACAAUUUUCAAUUCAUAACUAAUGAAUUAAUUUGAUCUAUAUCAAUAAAGAAUGGCAUUUAUCUUUCA